AUGAUGCGUUUACAUGUGGUUAGUAAACACUUGUUAGUUGCAAAUAUCACACUGAGUAUUCUAUCAGCUAUUGGACAAUAUCCAGAAUCGUAUGCAUUUUAUCAUAGCCUCCUCGGUUAUAUGCUACAUUCAAUUCCGUGUGUAUCAAUUCUUGACUGUUUGUUACUAUGGUUACCGACACUUACUAAUAAUACUGAUAAAAAUAAUAUUACUAGCGGUAGUAGUAGUGGUAAUAAUAGUAAUAAUAUAAUUACACGAGAUUGGUGUUUAUUUGUCUAUUAUGUAUUGAAACAUUGGCCAAGGAAUCCAUUCUACUUAGAUAGUAGUUAUCAAAGACGAUUAGUACAACCAUUAGAGAAUAGUUAUUUGAAUAAAGUUUCAAAGCAUACAGGACGAUUAGCCCUGUGUCAUUUAAUACGUACAUGUAAAGUUAAAAGUGUUCUUGUCACUUGUUGGCCAGAUGAUGAGUAG